UCCUCACUCGUCUUCUCUGAACUCUAGGGGAGCGGUGUCGUAACGUGGGUUCUGCUCGGAAAGUGAAGGGUGCGCACCUGGGGUGCUGUGCUGCUGUCAUACGUGUCCAUCACAUGUGACACUUGUGACAUCCUGACCUCACAGCAUCCCAGAAUGAUGAUAUGUGAAGGGCUUUCCAAGCUGAACCACAAUUCUCUACUCUCCCGAAAGCAGAAAAUGAACAUAAUUCAGGCGUCAGUGUCAUUCAAGGAUGUGACCGUGGAAUUCACCCGGGAAGAGUGGCAUCAGAUGGACUCUGCUCAGAGGACGCUGUACAGAGAUGUGAUGCUGGAGAUCUACAGCCACCUCGUCUCAGUGGGGUACUGCUUUACAAAGCCAGAACUGAUCUUCAUGUUGGAACAAGGAGAAGAUCCAUGGUUAUUAGAGAAAGAAUUUAUAAACAGAAGUUCCCCAGAAGAAUCCCAACCUGAUGAACUCUUAGAGGAGAGCCUAGAAAACCAAGGCAAACGUUUGAGGCAAGUUUUAUUCAUCAACAAAUCAUUGACUGUGGAGCAAGAAAUAUCAGGAAAACCAUGUACUCUGGACAUAAACAUUUUUCCUGCAGAAACAAUCCCCUGUAAAUUUGACACUACAGGGUCUACUUACUUGCUUCUUAGCUCACUGGCCCCACACUGUCAGUAUUCAAGAAAGAAGACUUAUGUGCCUAAUGUUUGUGAGAAUUGGCUCUUCAGCAUUAAGGAUGGCAGAACUAAUACUGGAGAGAAUUCUUUGGUUUAUAGUAAAAAUGUGAAAACCUUUGGACAUAAAGACAAAGUUAUCCAGCAUCAGACAAUUCAGACUUUGCAGCAAGCUUUUGAAUAUAAUGAAUGUAGAAAACAUUUUCUUGAAAAGACUGCCCUUGUUAUGUCUAAGAGUACCCAUCCAAAAAUGAAACCUUAUAAAUUCAAUAAAUUUGGGGAAAACCAACAUGAGAAAUCAACCUUGAUAGUUUCUCAGAGCAGUCAUCCAGAGAAGAGUCACUAUGAGUUUAAUAAAUAUGAAUGUACUAAAAAUGGAAAUAACUUUAGUAGGAUCACUCAAAAAACUGACAUAGAAGGGAAAUCUUUCAGCCAAAAAUUACACAUUAAAGAACAGGAAAAAUUUUAUAUAGGGGUGAAAUCCUUUAAAUAUGAAAAGAAUUUCAGCCAUAAUUCAACCCUCCCAGUGCAUCAGAGAAUUCACACAGUAGACCAAUCCUCUGACUAUGGCACAUGUACAGAAACAUUGGGUUACCAGUCAACUUGCAAUGUGCAUAAGAAAACUCAAAUAAUGUUGAAACCCUGUGAGUGUAAUGAAUGUGGAAAAUCCUGCGCUAAAACUUCAUGCCUGAUUCAGCCUCAGAAAAGUCACGUGGAGGAGAAACCUUUUGAAUGUCCUCAAUGUGGGAAAGCUUUCAGUGAGAAGUCACGUCUAAGAAAACAUGAGAGAACUCACACAGGAGAGAAACCCUAUAAAUGCGAUGGAUGUGAGAAAGCUUUCAGUGCAAAGUCAGGACUAAGAAUACAUCAGAGAACUCACACAGGAGAGAAACCUUUUGAAUGUAAUGAAUGUGGGAAAUCUUUCAACUAUAAAUCAAUCCUCAUAGUACAUCAAAGAACUCACACAGGGGAGAGACCCUUUGAAUGUAAUGAAUGUGGAAAAUCUUUCAGCCAUAUGUCAGGGCUGAGAAAUCAUUGGAGAACUCACACAGGUGAAAGACCAUAUAAAUGUGAUGAAUGUGGGAAGGCUUUCAAACUGAAGUCAGGCCUAAAGAAACAUCAUAGAACUCAUACAGGGGAGAAGCCCUAUAAAUGUAAUCAAUGUGGGAAAGCAUUUGGUCAGAAAUCACAACUCAGAGGACAUCAUAGAAUUCACACAGGGGAAAAACCCUAUACAUGUAAUCAUUGUGGGGAAGCAUUUAGCCAGAAGUCAAACCUCAGAGUACAUCACAGAACUCACACUGGGGAAAGACCCUAUAGAUGUGAUGAGUGUGGAAAAACUUUCAGGCAGAAAUCAAAUCUUAGAGGACAUCAGAGAACUCACACUGGGGAGAAACCCUAUGAAUGUAACGAAUGUGCCAAAUCUUUCAGUGAGAGGUCAAUCCUAAGGAAACAUCAGAGAACUCAUACAGGAGAGAAACCGUAUAAUUGUAAUCACUGUGGUGAAGCUUUCAGCCAGAAGUCAAACCUCAGAGUACAUCAGAGAACUCACACUGGAGAGAAACCCUACAAAUGUGAUCAAUGUGGAAAAACUUUCAGUCAAAAAUCAAGCCUUAGAGAACAUCAGAAAGCCCAUACAGGGAAAUAAAAAUAUAAAUAUAAUUAAGAUGGAAAAACUCUGAGCUGAAAAUAAAGUCUCAUAAUACAAAAUAAAACACAUAUGAGAGAACUCCUAUGAAUAUAAUAAAAACUUGGAAGUUCUUAUGCAAGAUACUAGCUUCACUCAACAUCAGAGAACUUAACAUGAGCAAAUCUCUUAGAAUAUAUUUUAUAUGGGCAGUUUCAUCUUGAGUGUAGUCCUCAUUGUAGAUCAGAGAAUGCAAUCCAGUAAAGAAACUAAAAUAAUACAAGAAAUACUCUAGGCAUUCAAUCCUUAGAAAACUCACACUGCAGAAGAACUCUGGGAAUGUAAUGAAUAUGUCAAAACUUUGUCCCAGCAAAUCAAAAUUCAUUCAUCAUCAGAGAAAUCUAACAGUGAGAAAAUUGGGAAUGGAGUAAGUGUGUGAUAGUAAAUGUUAGUCAAACACCAGUUUUUUCAAUAAGCAGAAAAUAACAUAAAGGGUAGAGACCUUACAGUAUAUUAAAGCAGACAAGAAAACAAGGUAAUGGAUGUGGGGAAUCCUGCUAUGUCAAACCUCAAUUUGACUAACACAAGAGUAAUAACUAUAUGACAUAUGUCAUAUGAUAUAUGACAUAAUGACAUAUUCAUUGUUCACCAAUAACCAUUUCCUCUUUUUCUAAUGCCACACCUAGCUUAAAUUUCUCAACUACUGUCAUCCAACUUGAAAUCAUAUUUUUAACCUCUGGAUAGUGAAAUGUAGGGGUCAAUGACAGGUCUUACUAAAUACAUCUCUCAAAUUCUUAAUGUUUUCUCCUGUCCCUUGUCAGAAUGCAGUGAUUAUUACCCCCAGAAAAACUAAGGGGCUUAUGCACAGAAGAUGAAAGAGUACAAAAUAGAAAGAAACAGGGCCAAAGAAUAAAUAUUGAAUGGAAUUUUCUCCUGCGUGUACACAGACUUUUUGCUAUGAGGAAAUAGACUUGUUCUUUGCUGAGCUUCUGCAGGUUUGAGUAUACUUAAUACUGACAUAUACUCAUCAAACCUAUGAAUAUGAUUUCUGUGGACAUGUGAACUCAGUGUAGUAUAUCAGAAAUAUCACACAGGAAAAACACCUGGCAAAUCCUGAAUGACCGUAGCUUUUGUCCAUAACUCUUCCUCGUCAAUCAGGUGAGUAUCAGGGGAAGAUACCUAAUAUUACUGCAUAUAUAGGUAAUCCAUUA